UAUAGCCGGAGAGCGCAGCUGAUGCAACAACGGCCGGAGAUAACACGAGCAUCGCCCGCAACGGAGAGCGCUGCAGCCCGAGAGGAGGACUCAUCUCACCGCCCGAGACACUCAGACACCACUUUCUACUGCGUCUUUUGUCCUGAAGACUGACCGGUACCAGCAUGCCUGUCAUCAGAUCCCUCUGCAAGGUGGCCAAGCAGGCGCUGCUCGGCACCCCGGGGUGCGGCUGCCAGCCCCUGACAGUGGCCGUGCGCAACAUCAGCUUCUCCCCUCGGCAGGUGACUUCUGAUGCCAGCUUCCACUCCGUGUCCUUCUCCGAAACGGACCACCCCAAGGUGCUCAUUACAGGCGGCCUGGGGCAGCUCGGGGUGGGGCUCGCCAAAAUGUUGAGGAAGCGGUUUGGAAAGGACAACGUCAUUCUGUCCGACAUCAGGAAACCUCCAAGAAACGUUUUCCACAGCGGCCCCUUCAUCUACUCGGACAUCCUGGACUACAAGAACCUGCGGGAGAUCGUGGUGAACAACCGCAUCACCUGGCUGGUUCACUACAGCGCCCUGCUCAGCGCCGUUGGAGAGGCUAACGUCGCCCUCGCGCGCUCCGUCAACAUCACCGGGCUCCACAACAUCCUGGACAUCGCCGCGGAGCACGGCUUGCGCCUGUUUGUCCCGAGCACCAUCGGCGCCUUCGGCCCCACCUCCCCCCGCAACCCCACACCGGACCUCUGCGUGCAGAGGCCGCGCACCAUCUACGGCGUCUCCAAAGUCCACGCCGAGCUGAUGGGCGAGUACUACCACCACCGCUACGGCCUGGACUUCCGCUGCCUCCGUUACCCGGGAAUCAUCUCGGCGGACUCCAUGCCGGGUGGCGGCACCACAGACUACGCCGUCCAGAUUUUCCACGACGCGAUCAAGAGCAGCAAGUUCGAGUGCAACUUGAAGCCCAGCACGCGGCUGCCCAUGAUGUACAUCGACGACUGCUUGCGCGCCACGCUGGAGGUGAUGGAGGCGCCGGCCGACACGCUGAGCAUGAGGACCUACAACAUCAACGCCAUGAGCUUCACCCCCGAGGAACUGGCCCAGGAGCUCCAGAAGCAGAUGCCCGAGCUGCAGGUCACGUACGACGUCGACCACGUGCGCCAGGCCAUCGCCGACAGCUGGCCAAUGAACUUCGACGAUUCCAACGCACGGAAGGACUGGGGCUGGAAGCACGACUACGACCUGCCGGAGCUCGUCCAGACGAUGCUCAACUCCUUUGCCGCCGAGUCGCGGAUGGCCGGCGCCAACUGAGGCCUCCGGAUGUGCGUCCGAGUAUUCUUUGUACAUAAUGUAAAGACUCACCAAAGAGGAUAGAGGAGCUUGGCCUGUACAUAGUCGUUGUCUCGCUUCUCUCGGUGAAACCAGAAGGGCUCUGCGUGCCUGCCGAAGGGCGACCCCUGUGUUCAGGUCAGCGCGGCCAAGGCCAUACCGCUCCUGUUCGUCUUCUCCCGCUGUGCCCCCCCUUGUUUCUCUGCUUGGGGAGCGGUUUGUCAGGGGGAGAUUUCGUCAGGGAUAAAAGAGAAGGUGACUUACACUACUUUUGCAUUGUUGCAAAAAUCUAUUCAACAAACUCUGAAUGUUGCAUUUUGUGUUUGUUAACUGUUUCCACCAGUUUUCUUUCCAAAUCAAAUUCUAAAUGUGUUAAAUUCAGGUAUUCUGGGUCUAAAGUUCCUGGGUUUGAAAUCAAGUAAGUUUGUGUUGAGAGUACACGAGUUGUGUAAUUUACCAAAUAUUCAGAAGUAAAUAAGUCCAAUCAACUGCGGGGGCGAUUUCUGAUGACGUGAAUCUGCAUUUCCAGCAGUGUGGAGCAAAAAAUAUUUUUUUGUUUAUUCGCCGUACAAUUAUUUAUUUUGUCUAUUGGUUUUUAAACGUGUGGGAGCUCCACUUAGUGUUCCUGGUCACUUUUAACAUUUAGCUUUUUCAUCCACUUUGUGGGAUUAUUUUGACACAAAGGGGGAAAAUUACGCUGUAAGCCACAUUUUACAUUCGGCCACGUUUGUUGGUUUCUGUAUUUCAACUUUUUAUUUGACUGUAAGUGGUUUCCAUUUGACGUCUGUUCUUUCGAUCACACAACGGGCUCUGACAAUAAAACAUUUUCCUCUCACCUCUA